AUGGCCACCGCAUCAUCCAAACUGACCCCCCUGACCCUUCCUCGCGAACUUCGCGACCUCAUCUAUGAGUUCACUUUCUCAGAGGUCAUCGGCCUCUCCUUCUCACGCCCCGACCACAACACCCCCAUUCGCAACAACGGUGGCCUCGUCUUAACAAACCGACAAAUUCACAAUGAAGCCAUCACGAAAUACUACAGACACUCCAUCUUCUACACCAUCCCCGAAUAUACUUCCCUGUGUGGUACUCAGCUCUGCCGGCAGAACACCGCGACGAGAUCAGAAGUGUCAGGAUCUGGAAGAUUGAGUGGGAGGAUGAGAGUGCCUAUUUCAGGUCAAGGAGUUUGGUGA